AUGGAACUAAAGCAGACUAACGCGUCCUCCUUCACGAUUGCGACUGCGACUGCAACUGCGACUGCUGCAACUCUCGUCAUGAUCGAGACGGUAAUCAGCGUCGCAUUUGUUCUAUCGAGUGUGCUGACGGUGCUGAUCCUGCUUCUUCCAGCGCAAUAUGAUCCUCGGGCCAGGAGCUCCGAUGCGUCGGCAAAGCCCACCGUACAGAUCCUCGUGCUGGGGGACCUUGGCCGGAGUCCACGCAUGCAGUACCAUGCCCUAAGUAUUGCAAAGAACGGUGGGAAGGUGGUUGUCAUUGGUUAUGCAGAGUCGGAUCCGCAUCCCGACCUGAUUGCGAGCCCCAAUGUCACCAUUGUCCCAAUCCGGCCACAUCCCUCGAUUCUUCAAACGAGUAACAAGCUUCUUUUCAUACUCUGUGGGCCGUUGAAGGUCUUGUUUCAGAUUGUCUGCCUCUGGUGGUGUCUUGCAUACACGACCCCGCCGUCGCAAUGGCUUAUCGUGCAGAAUCCUCCUUCGAUCCCCACUCUGGCUGUUGCUUCCCUAUCAUGCUUCCUACGGCAGACCCGACUGGUAAUAGACUGGCAUAAUUUCGGAUACUCGAUUCUGGCCUUGAAGCUCGGUCCAAAUCAUCCGCUGGUUAAAUUUUCGGUCAAGUACGAGAAGAUUUUUUGCAGAUCAGCUUCAGCUCAUUUCUGCGUCACCGACGCGAUGCGGAUGGUCCUCAAAAAGGACUUCCAACUUCAGGCUCCCAUAUUACCUCUCCAUGAUCGCCCAGCAAGUCACUUCUCUCCAAUCCACGAUGACAGCGAAAGAAUGCGGUUUCUCGUAAAUUUGCCCGAGGCCCAAGACAUGCGCUCUUCUCUAGAAGCAGGAAUGAUGCGGGUGCUUGUCAGCUCGACCUCUUGGACGCCGGAUGAGGAUUUUGGGGUCCUCAUCGACGGUCUGGUGCAGUAUUCCAAACAAGCCGUUACUAACCCGCGGCUUCCAGCAAUAUUAGCUAUAAUCACAGGCAAAGGGCCCCAGCAGGGGUUCUAUCUUCAGAAGAUAGCCGCGCUUGAAGCAGAGGGAAAACUUGAAAAGGUCAUCAUUCGGACUGCGUGGCUGAGUGUGGCGAACUACGCCAAACUAUUAGCAUCUGCAUCUUUAGGGGUCAGCCUGCAUACCAGUAGCAGCGGGGUAGAUCUACCGAUGAAGGUGGUGGACAUGUUCGGUGCCGGGCUGCCUGUGCUUGGCUGGAGUCGAUUUGAAGCGUGGCCGGAAUUGGUGACAGAAGGGGUAAACGGCAUGGGCUUUGGCAGCUCGUUGGAACUCUCCGAACGCCUUGUGGACCUUUUCGGCGAAGACGAGGCGCUGGAAGCACUUCGCUCUGGGGCCCAGAAAGAGAGCACCCGGCGGUGGGACGAUGAAUGGAAUCCCAUCGCAGGUGCGCUACUCGGGCUGGUCUCAAGAGCCUCCCCCGUAGCACAUAAGCAUGAUCAAUGCAUGAAAAUCAGUCAUUUUUCGACCGCGUCUUAG